AUGGCAACUACUAAGAAGUACAUUGCAUUGGUAGUUGAUGAUGACUCUGCUAAUAGAGCUAUCAAUCUCAAGUAUUUGACUAGAAAUGGUUUUGAAAUUGAAGUAGCCAAAAAUGGGCAAGAAGCUGUGGAGUAUUUUCAAAUGGGCUACAAGUUUGACUUAGUGCUAAUGGACAUGGAAAUGCCAAUAAUGGAUGGCUUUCAGGCUACAAUGGAAAUUCGCGCUUUGGGUGUGAAAAGUUUGAUCAUAGGCAUGUCAUCAACUGCUUCUCAAGUGAAGAUUCAAGAGUUUGUUAGUGCUGGGUUAGAUGAAUUCUACCAUAAGCCUAUGAAUAUGGCCAAACUUAUAGCCAUUAUUCGACGCCUUGAAAACUAA